CAGGCGCUGCGCUCAGGACUGGGCGGGUUCGGCUGGCCGGGAGUUAGCUCGCUGCGCGCGGAACUCCGGUCCCCGCCACGCAGGCCGGUCGGUGAGCCACUUCGCACCGCCACAGCCCUAGCAUCGGGCCACCAGCCGGGGUGAAGAAAGUCACGGCGGAGCCCGGCUCCCCAGUCCUGAUGCUGGCGGCCGGUGGCGGGCUCCACGCCGGCCCCGGGACCUAGGCAGCCGCGCGAGACCGCUGCGGGUGCCUCCCCCAUGCUGCUCGGAGCGUCCUGGCUGUGCGCAUCCAAGGCGGCCGCCGCUGCUGCGCAGAGCGAGGGCGACGAGGACAGGCCAGGCGAGCGACGGCGGCGGCGGGCGGCGGCCACCGCCGCGGGGGCCGGCGAGGACAUGGAUGAGUCGUCGCUGCUGGACCUGCUGGAGUGCUCCGUGUGUCUGGAGCGCCUGGACACCACGGCCAAGGUGCUGCCAUGCCAACACACUUUCUGCCGCCGCUGCCUGGAGAGCAUUGUGUGCUCGCGCCACGAGCUGCGCUGCCCCGAGUGCCGCAUCCUGGUGGGCUGCGGCGUGGACGAGCUGCCCGCCAACAUCUUGCUGGUGCGCCUGCUGGACGGCAUCCGUCAGCGGCCCCGCGCGGGCACCAGCCCCGGCGGCAGCCCGCCCGCGCGUCCCAUCCCAGGUCAGAGUGCGGCCCCCACGCUCGCGGGCGGCGGGGGCGGCGCGGCAGGCAGCACCCCGGGUUCCCCGGUUUUCCUCUCCGCAGCCGCGGGCAGCACCGCCAGCAGUCUGCGGGAGCUGGCGACCAGCAGGAGCGCGCCGGUGGCAAAGAAUCCCUGCCUGCUUCCCUAUGGCAAGGCCCUCUACAGCUAUGAGGGGAAGGAACCUGGCGACCUCAAGUUCAACAAGGGUGACAUCAUCGUCCUGCGGCGCAAGGUGGAUGAACAGUGGUACCACGGCGAGCUGCACGGCACACAGGGCUUCCUCCCAGCCAGCUAUAUCCAGUGCAUCCAGCCCUUGCCACACGCCCCGCCCCAGGGAAAAGCACUUUAUGAUUUCGAGAUGAAGGACAAAGACCAAGACAAGGACUGUUUGACCUUCACCAAGGACGAGAUUCUGACAGUGCUCAGGAGAGUGGAUGAGAACUGGGCUGAAGGCAUGCUGGGAGACAAGAUCGGGAUCUUCCCGCUUCUGUACGUGGAGAUGAGGAACUGGCAAACGCCUUUAAAGUCGUUUUUACCAUGGAGAUGGAUUACAACCAAACACCAAAGCCUGCCCCGUGGUCCCACUCUCCAGCUCAAUGACUCCGCCAAGCAGCUCAUUGAGAUGGACAAGCCAUGCCCAGCUGCUGCAUCCAGCUGCAAUGCCUCCCUGCCCUCUGACUCUGGCGCUGUGGCCAGCAUGGCCCCGAGUCCCACUUUAAGCAGCUCAGGGGCGGUCAGUGCCUUUCAGCGGCGUGUGGAUGGCAAGAAGAACACCAAGAAACGCCACUCCUUCACCGCGCUCAGUGUGACGCACAGAUCCUCCCAGGCUGCCAGCCACAGGCAUUCCAUGGAAAUUAGUGCUCCAGUGUUGAUCAGCUCCAGUGAUCCGCGAGCCGCAGCCAGGAUUGGAGACCUUGCUCAUCUGUCGUGCACUGCUCCCACCCAGGAUGUCUCCUCCUCGGCGGGAUCUAUCCCCACGGCUGUCCCACGGGCUGCCUCGGUGUCUGGAGAGCAGGGCACGCCUCCCAAGGUCCAGCUGCCCCUCAACGUGUACCUGGCGCUCUACGCCUACAAGCCCCAGAAGAGUGACGAGCUGGAGCUGCACAAGGGAGAGAUGUACCGGGUCCUCGAGAAGUGUCAGGAUGGCUGGUUCAAGGGGGCGUCCCUGAGGACCGGGGUCUCUGGGGUGUUCCCUGGAAACUACGUGACACCCGUUUCCAGGGUGCCUGCAGGAGGGGCAGGGCCGCCCCGGAAUAAUGUGGUUGGAGGGUCUCCACUGGCCAAAGGGAUAACCACAACCAUGCACCCAGGCAGUGGGAGUCUGAGCAGCCUGGCCACUGCCUCCAGGCCCGCCCUGCCCAUCACCACUCCCCAGGCCCACGCCCAGCACCCCACAGCCUCGCCCCCAACAGGCAGCUGUCUACGGCACUCAGCCCAGCCAGCGGCCAGCCAAGCCCGGAGCACCAUUUCAACAGCUGCCCACUCUGCAGCCCAGGCUCAGGACCGGCCAACUGCCACCGUGUCACCCCUGCGCACUCAGAACUCUCCAUCCCGCCUGCCUGCCACCAGCCUCAGGCCCCACUCGGUGGUGUCCCCGCAGCACAGCCACCAGCCCCCGGUGCAGAUGUGCCCACGGCAGGCCAUCCCCCUCACAUCAGCAGCAUCAGCUAUCACACCUCCCAAUGUCAGUGCCGCAAACCUCAACGGGGAGGCCGGAGGGGGACCCAUCGGUGUUCUGUCCACAUCCAGCCCCACCAACACGGGAUGCAAACUAGACGAGAAGAAAAGUGAAAAGAAAGAGAAGAAGAGUGGGCUCCUGAAGCUUCUAGCCGGAGCAUCCACCAAGAAGAAGUCACGCUCCCCGCCAUCUGUGUCUCCAACCCAUGACCCCCAGGUGGCCGUGGACGCCCUGCUCCAAGGCGCAGUGGGCCCCGAAGUGUCUUCACUGUCCAUCCACGGCAGGGCAGGGUCCUGCCCCAUAGAGAGCGAGAUGCAGGGUGCCAUGGGGAUGGAGCCUCUGCACAGGAAGGCAGGCUCCUUGGAUCUAAACUUCGCAUCUCCUUCCCGGCAAGCACCUCUGUCCAUGGCUGCCAUCCGCCCUGAGCCCAAGCCGUUGCCCAGAGAGAGGUACCGCGUGGUGGUCUCGUACCCACCCCAGAGUGAGGCGGAGAUCGAGCUGAAGGAAGGCGACAUCGUCUUUGUGCACAAGAAGCGCGACGACGGCUGGUACAAGGGGACCCUGCAGCGGAACGGCCGCACAGGCCUCUUCCCGGGCAGCUUCGUCGAGAGCUUCUGAGGACUGGUGCUCCCUGCACCCAGCUCACAGAGGGGGAGGCCACCUGGGAAGCCCCACGGCACACAGAGAGGGAGCCACAGCGCCCCAAGGGUUCCAGGUCAUCUCCAAGGCACCUGGCGGGGGACGCCCUGGCCCAGGAUGGGGGCCAGGGACUGUGGAGGUCGUGCCUUCUCCCAAAACCCCCAAACGGAGAGCACACCUGGGAUGUUCUUCAAGGAAAUGCCCACCCCUUCUGUGGAAACUGCAAAGAAAGCACCUUGAGGAAGAGAGGCAGGUGCCGGCGCAGGCAGGCCUGUGGCUGUGGUUUGCAGCCAUGGCGGCGUUCUCAUUUACCACCUAAGCAGGGUUGGAGGUUGCAGGAGGUCUGCAGGCAAGGUGGGUGGCAUGGGGGCCAAGAGCGCUGGAGAUCAUCUUUCUGGGCUGCCCUGGGCUUCCCGCGGGGCCCAGGUUGCUCUGUCACCAUUCUAUAUACCUCAGUCACCUGCCGCCCAGCUGCUCAGCAGGGGUGUUUGUGAGGCCCUGGGGGUGCCCCAGAAGGGGCACCCCACCACCCCUGUGGGAACUGGAGCAGAAUCUGUGGGCUUGUCGCCUGCCAGUAGUAUAAGCAACACUUUCUGUUCACCACCACUGUCCCUUGCAUUACUUCUUUCUUACAGCAUAUUUUUAACGUAAAGCAGUUAGACUUUAUAUAUUUCUAAUAGGUCAGACAUUGCCUAUUUUUCAUACAUCUGGUGCUGCCUUUUUGUAAAACUAGUAAUGACUUGGUUGAGCUUGAAAGAAAAGAUGUCUGAGGCGACAUCAAAGGGGCAGAAUUUUUAUAUUUCCCAUAUGGCUUUGGGAGAGCGCCGAGAAGCCCCCAUCCCACACCUCAGCGCUGGCCAGUACUCUGGGGGCUGGCGGGGUGGAUCCAUUGAGGGGGUCAGAGGGAGCUUGGAAGCAGCCGGUUUCUUUAAACUCUUACCAAAACCCCGCGCUCUGUCUAGACGGUGAUGAUUAUUAUUCAAGACCCGGAAACAUUUCGAGGAAGGGCCACUAUAAUUGUCCUUUUGUGUGGCGGUAGAAGGAGCACGUAGGUCAACCCCAGCCGGGAAGGCAAAAUCUUCCCUUUAUUGCCUCAGAGAGAACUGCAAUUAGCAUUCUCAGAAGAUGAUUUCUUGGUAUCAAAAUGUGCAGUUUCUACAACAGUUUAGACCACCACCACCAUUUUUCUUCUUUUUUAAAAAUAAAUAACUGCUCCUAUUUCAGGCAGUGCAAACCUUCAUCUGCUGGAGACCGGAGGUACAAGGAGAUCAGGGGGUUGCGGCACCGCUGCAGGCUUGCAAGAUCGGGGAGUUGGGAGGGCGAGAGAGGAGGGAGGUGCAGCUUUGAUGCUGGGACCUCCCUGAGUGGGGCUGAUGAAUGUAUAUUCAUUAGCACCGUGGCUCACUUCCCAGGAAAACUGAUCAGGAGCCCUUCGGGGACAAUUUUGUUCUCAAGAUUCACACCUUAGGAACACAUUUUUAUCACCUCAAAAUUUUGAUCCAUCACCCCUCUCUCCACCUAUAUUUUUACAAAUACCAUUCAGACUUAAAUUAAGCUGAAGAAACUAGCCUUUGGUAACAUAGGGUGUCACUGGUUUUCAGGGAUGUAACCAAUUCCAGAAAUACAUUCUCUUGCCUGGCAUGAAGCCUUUGAAACACGGGCCGCUUAUUUUCAGAGUUCUGUUUUGGGACGUGACUUGGCUACUUGUUACUUCCAGGUGGUUACCACACGGUGGGGGUCAUGCCUUUCCCUCCCCCCAGAUGAUAAUAGAUUUAAUAGACUCAAAGAAGUUGUUCAGAAUCAAAGAAGAAAAAGUCUGGCUUAAACAUAGGAACUUCUGUGUGCCAGGUUAAUGACAACCAAAAGCUAUCUAUUUACCAUUGUUGCCAAACUUCAUCAGUUUCCCAUCCUGCACCAAAAUCCUGUGCGUGUUUAAAUUCACGUUGUCACCAAAGAGGUGCACAGAUAACAACCUGGAUAACGCAGGUGUUCUCCAGGGAAACCAGACUAAGUCAAGUCUCCAGGUAACUUUUUUUAAGUCUUUUUUUUAAGGCGCGCAGGUACCAAGCAACAGAAUAGAGUAACCUGAACGUUCUUACUCUCCCAGGCAUGGCCCACAUGGUGCUUCAGGUAGAAAUAUGCUUCACCCUCCUGGUGGGGGGGCGAGGCCACAGCCCACUGCAUGCAGCAUGGUAGAGAGCUGGGGCGAGUAUCUCCAUGUCUUUGGAGGAUGUCAGCUAGCCGCUUUCAGGGCAGAAUCGGGUGGGCUCUGGUGCCACCUUGGGAAGGAAAGCGAUGCGUUGGUCUGGCCAGAGCUCCGGAGCCAAUGCCGGGCUGCCUGAGGGCAGAGGAAAUGCAUGGCCCACGUGCAUUUCUGAGUAUUUUAAACUCAUUCAGGCCCUGCAGCCUUCAUGAUGAUGUAGCUUGCAGAGAAGAGCAGGAGCAGAAUUAGCCCUUUCUUCAGGCCAUCUUGCCUCAAAGGGCACACGUUUGGCGGUUAAGAUGAAAGUAACCCUUAUGUUUCAUCCUGGCCCCAUGAUGUACACAUCUUAGCCUUGUAGGGGACUUGGGGGAGCCACAGAGAUUUCCUUUGAGGAGCAUGGUAGAGUCCACAGCCAUGGCUGAAGUCAGUGGACACCGAGGGGACAGGACUGCAGCCCACCAGGGGCCUCUGCCCAGAGGGAGGCAGAGAGGAUGGCGGCCACGGGUGCUCUCCUGGCAUCCUCAUGGGGUGAUGCCAGGCCAGGCACCUCAAAACAAGCUCAGCCGACUGGGAGAUCCUUUGUACUUUGCACAGUUCACACACACAAACACACACACCCUAUCCCAAGUGUUUUUGUUAGACACAAAUGUCAGCGUGUGAUUUUGGAAGACUUGUCAGUGAUGACGAACCAUGAUGCCUGUGUUUCUGAGUCUUUAAAUAAAAAUGAACAUGGAGAA